AUGGGCAGAAUAGAGGAUCUAUUUUUGAGGUUUGAAGAAAAGAUGCUAAAACCAAUGAGCAGCAUUGAGGCAAGGCUUGAAAGGGUAGAGCAGCAACUUGAAGUAUUGGUAAACAAAUCACAUAAUUCUGGAUUGCCAACAUGCUCAAGAUUCUAUGCUUCUUCUUUCUCAUGCAAUGAGUCUGAGUCUAACUCUUUCUAUAAUAAUGGAAAUGAUUAUCCCCGUAGUGAGGCAUUUGAAUCAGGUAAGAAGGACAUUCAAUCAGAUGCACCCCUGACUAUACCUAAUGACAUGUCUGCUUCAGUAUAUUCUACUCAUUUGCUUCCAAGUCUGGUAGUAACUGCUCCUGAAUUUUCAAAUGGUGAUGACGACGACGAGGAGGACGAAGAAGAUCAUACAUCAGAUGUAGUGAUAGGUUCAGCAGAAAAAACAAGGCCUGCUUUGACAAUUGAUGAUGCUUUAGCAUCUGCACUAGCUGGAUUCAUGUCUUUGACUUCAACCCAACCAGAGAAACAUGCUCAAACUCUUUCGGUUAAAGCUCCUGAUUUUUUAAAUGAAGAAGAUGGUAGCAUUGAGAGAAAAGAAUCGACAAGAGUGGAACAUGAAGCAGACACAGAUUCUUCCAUGUGCCUUGGUGAAGCUGGUGCGACAGAGAACAUAAAAGGUUCACUUGCUGAUUUGACGAAAAAUUCUUCAGAGGGUGAGGGGAAUGUGAUAAAAUCACCUAAUGAUGAGGAAACUGAUAAAACACUCACAGUCGAUGGACUGGACCAGCAUUAUGAGGGUGGACAAGGAGGAAAACUUGAUGAUGACAAGAGAAUUGACAAUGCAGUAGAUCCAGCCAAUGGUGGCAUGUCUACAACUGAUUUUUGUCAGAUAACAGAAGAUAUUGAAAAUGGAGACAUCAGCACUGAGAUACGCAACAUUCUGGACCCUGAUAACGCUGAUGUUCGAAACCAGUUACCCCAACAUCAGACUGAUGAUGGAUAUGAUAACACGCAGGAAGAUGCUAAUACAGAUUCUGAUUUAACUCCUCCAAAGGAAGUGACAGAAGAGAAAUCCGACAAAGAUGCUUUGAAGAAUAUCCUCAAUUUUUCACAUGCUGCUUCUGUGGUGGAUUUUGAUAUUCCAGUUCUGGAUGUGAAAUUCACUUCUCAGGAUAGCUGUGACAAUGGCUAUUUUUCUCUCGAAGCCCUUUUAACCGAGUUGCCAGAAUCAGUGACUGAAUCUCCUUCUGUAAAGGAAAGUGACGAGGUGCUCCCAGUUGGCCCUGACGAACAUGACUUAAUUUUGGUGGACGGGGAGCCAGUUGGUCCCGCCCCUGACGGUAAUUUUUCUGUGGAUAUGGAUUUCUAUAGUAUCGGAGAACCUUUGAGCUUGUGGGGUGACCAUACAUGCAAUAGCCAUGAGACAUUUGCAGCAAGUCUCAUUUGA